AUGCCGCACUCUCUAUACCUCAAAACCGUCUAUCCGCCAAUUCGAAAUGUGGAUGAAUAUAGGCAAGAUCUUGCCCGAUACCGAGCAAAGUGGGAGGACGGUGAAGUGGAUAUGGAACGGGAUGAAAUGCUACUUGAUAUUGGGGAAUCGCUGGUCGAGCACUUUGACUUUCUUGAAACAAAGCUUAAUAUUAAGGUCCCAACCCACCUUCUCAUGGAGCUGUGCAACAAACGCGAAUACGAUCAACUUGCCAAGCAAAAUGACACAUUGGAGAGGGAAAACGAGACACUGAAGAAGGAAAACAAGGCAUCAAAGGAAGAAAGCCAGGCCCAGAAGCUAGAAAUUGCGGCGCUGAAGGAGCGAGCUGGAGAAGAGGGAAGGCGCAAAGGGAACCGAGGAGCAGCUUGGCUCUAA